AUGUUCCGCACUCUUGUAGCCACGACACUUCUCACCCACAUUGCCGUGGCCUCAUCACUUGACGUCAAACAAUGGAAGGACCCCAAUACCAAUUUGACUUGGAUCUACAAGGACCCAUCCCUGCCAAGAGUCAUGCAAGAUGGAACAAUUCUGUCGGGAUCUAGGUAUGGAAGAUUGGAUACGGUCGCCUAUGGUGGUGGCACCGGGGGUUUGACUCCAGAGACACUUAUCGAUAGCGUCCACGAAGUCCUCGACAUUGCUCAAAUUGCCGUUCGAAACAUCAGUGGCACUGGCAGUGCCAAUGCCGACUCGGACAGAUUUCUGAACAUUUCAAUGGACGCUCACGAGCGACUCUGCAGCUCGGACUCGGAUGUUGUCGGCGCUGUCAUGAUUCAUGGCACUAACACGCUCGCUGAAACUGCAUUUGGUGUUGAUCUUACCUUGAACUGCUCCAAGCCUUUCGUCGCUACAGGGUCUAUGCGGCCAAACUCAGCAAUGUCACCCGACGGACCACGCAACUUUUACGACGCAGUGAGGACUGCUAUUCACCCGGAGUCGCGUGACCGAGGAGCCUUGAUUGCGUUCAACGACCAUCUGGUGUCGGCCUUCUACGGAACAAAGACUAACGGCAACACAGUCUCAACUUUCUUCGCUAUGGACCAGGGUUACAUUGCCCAGGUGAUUGCCGGGCAGCCAUACUUCUUUUAUGGUGCAUCUUUACCAAAGGCUCGACACUACUUCAACCCAUUUAAUCUCACUUACCCUCUUCCCAAGGUGGUGGUUCUUUACGGUCACCAGGGCUUUGACGCGAAUCUGCUAUACGCGGCUGCGGCGGAUGGUGCUAAGGGCAUUGUUAUUAUGGGUGUAGGUCCCGGCGGUCUGAGCACAACCGCUAUGCAGGCCGCCGAAGAUCUCCUUGGAAAGGGUGUUAUCACUGUUGCAUCGCUCCGCCCAUCCUUUGGCGCAGUGGUUCCCAGCCCCCAGCCUGGAAAUACUAUCAGUUCCGGCUUCUUGCAUGGCGAGCAGUCUCGCAUUCAGCUCCAGUUGGCUCUCGCAUCGGGCUUCGAUUUCAAUGAGACUCGCAGGAUUUUCGAGGGUGACAUUCGGAAAGCUGUGUUCAACUCUGCCACAACCUACUACAACGCCACAAGUAUCUAA